AGUCUUUCCAAACUCAAUUUGAAGUGAGAGAAAUUAAUCUGAGUCCCGUAUUUAGAUGAUGAUAAUAAAAUUUCUGUUACAAGUGUUCCCUUCCUAAACCCUUACAAAGUCUUUACCAAACCUUCCUCCUCUUUCACUAAAACCAUCCGUCAAGUCUUCUCGGGCCUCAUGCCUAUCCAAACUCAGCUUGAAGUGUAGCCCGAUCCCGAGUUCACCUCGCAGAGAAGUUUACUUUUCAGAGUCGUAGUCAGACACACAAAAGCAGAUAUCAUUGUUGUGUGGGUUUGAUUUGAUAAGAUGAAGCAAUUGAACCGUCAAGAAACAGAUGUCCUCUGUAAGGAGGGAAGGUUUUGCUAAUUUUCAAUUCAAGAAUUAACAUCUGCAAGACCAACAAGCUGGGAAUGGAUUCUUGUUUGUCAUCUGACAAUGGGAAGUCCUACUGAAAAGCAAAGGAUAAACCCCCUGAAAGUCUUUUGGAAUUUAAGUGGUUUCAAGAUCAACUUCAGAUGCACCACCUGCUCACUACAUGAUUAAAAUCCAACUAUUUUCAUUGCUAACAACCAAUAACAUAGAAAGAUACGACUCCGGUGAUUUCGAAGCUGGAGGCUACAAAUGGAAAUUGGCUCUCUACCCAAGUGGAAACAAGAGCAAGGGUAUCAAAGAUCACCUCUCUCUUUACUUGGUGAUGGCAGAAGGAAGUCCAGUGCAUCCCGGUUGGGAGGUCCAAGCUGUUUUCCGAUUGUUUGUGCUUAAUCAAAACAAGGACACCUACUUAGUACUUGAAGAUACACCGGGGAAGGGAAAACGUUUUCAUAGAAUGAAGUUGGAAUGGGGAUUCGAUCAAUUCAUCCCUCUUAAAACAUUCAACAAUCCCUCCAAUGGAUAUCUUGUAAACGACACCUGUGUCUUUGGGGCAGAGGUCUUUGUGUGCAAGGAACAAAAUACAGGGAAAGGGGAGUGUUUGUCAAUGGUGAAGGAUGCAAUUACUUACAAGAACACUUGGAAGAUUGAUAAUUUCUCAAGGUUGGAUAAGGAGUGUUAUGACUCAAAGGCAUUCAGUGCUGGAGAUCUCCAAUGGAAGAUACAGCUAUAUCCCAAGGGAAAAGGCAGUGGAAUGGGUACCCAUUCAUCUCUGUAUCUAACUUUGGCUGAACCUUCAACUCUUCCUUUUGGUUCUAAAAUAUUUGCAGAUGUUGCACUGCGCAUACUAGACCAGAUGAAAGCCAAGCAUCACUCUGGUAAAGCAAAUUACUGGUUCAGCUCAACAAGACAGGAGUGUGGAGGGGAUAGAUUUAUUACACUGGGUCAUUUCAAUCAGCCAAACACUGGUUUUUUGGUGAAGGACAGUUGCUGGGUUGAAGCAGAGAUCACUAUCCACGGGAUGGCUAAUCUAAUGUAAACAAGGGCUUCGCCAUACUCAGUUUGGGGGUGUAAAUUUAAACACAGAAUCAACUGUGUCCAUUCUUAAUCGGAGAAUUUGUAUGAUCUUGUUUCACCAAAAAUUCUACUUGUAAGAUAAAGAAAAACAAAAACGUUCUAUAUAUCUAAGCUUCUUAACUCCACCAACUCAAUUGGUUCGCAAUGUGAUAUAUUUCUUGAAUUAAUAUUCAGUAAUGCUACAUGCACAGAAAAUUAAUAUA